AUGAUCGAUGAGGAGGAAGUGACCGAUAGAAUCGCGUUCGAAGAGAUGUUCUAUUCAUUGUGCGCGAGAUUUCGUCAACUUCUAAACAGCGAUAAUACAUCGGGCGCGCGGAGAGGUUCCACGCAGAGUGCAAUAAGAGCCAAUAACGAGACUAUAUCUCAUGUACGCUUGCCAAAAAUCAAUUUGCCUACUUUUUCGGGAAGAUACGAUGACUGGUUCCCAUUUCGAGAUACUUUCGUAACAAUAAUCCAUAACAAUACAUCGUUGAGCGACAUUCAACGAUUUCAAUAUUUGCGGGCAGCGUUAACGGACAAGGCACUUGACAUUGUAAAACCGUUAGAGAUCUCCGAAAACAAUUACGACUUUGCGUGCCUCUUAAAGGAGCGUUAUGAUAAUAAACGCGUGAUUGUGCAAACUCAUGUACUGGCAAUAUUCGAGUUGCCAGUUUUAACUAAAGAAAAUGCGAGUGACCUUCGGCAAUUAGUUGACGGGGCUUCUAUGCAUAUUCGCGCGCUAACGGCGUUGAAUUGUAAUGCCGAUAAAUGGGAUGCCUUACUUAUCCACAUCAUAACUUCGAAAUUAGAUACAAUCACGUCGCGUGAGUGGCACGCGUCAUUGCAGGGCUCUGAAUUGCCCACAUUUAAAGAGCUGAUUAAUUUUCUUUCGCAUCGCAGUCAAAUUUUAGAGGAAUCCGCGAAAAGAAAUUCGGUUUCGUCCGUCCGCUCCGACUCUCGGUCGCAAUCACGUUUUAACGUUGGACGGCAAGCAUUGCACACGACUAUCGAGAGGCGCAAGUGCAACUAUUGCGCCAGCGAGCAUUUAAUUUAUUUUUGUAGGGAAUUCCUAAAACUGUCGAUUAACCAGCGAAUCGCGGAGAUGCGUAGUAGAAAAAUGUGCCUCAACUGCUUACGCAGUCAAAAUCACAUAGCAACCAAAUGCCCUUCUGGCAGUUGUAGAACGUGCAAUUUAAAACAUAACACGUUGUUACAUAUAUCCAAGAGCGACGGCGGGAUUGACGACGCGGGUGCGCCUUCGGCAUCGACCGAUUCGGCGUCAGCCGCAAGCGGGCGAUCAGCUGUCGCGACUCAUAGCGCGGUCGAGCGAGGCAUUACGGAGUCGCUGCUCUCAACGGCGGUCGUUUACGUAUAUGAUGCGAACGGUGUCCGCCGGACAUGCCGCGCAUUGUUGGAUUCGGGAGCACAAGCGAAUUUUAUGACAGCCAAAUGCGUGAGGUUGUUGGGUUUAAGAACGCGAUUCGAGAACAUUUCGUUUUCAGGCAUGGGCGGUCUCGCAUCCGUUUCAAACAAAAUGAUAGACAUCAAGUUACAAUCACGAUUUAGUGCGUUCACGGCCGAGAUCGAGUGCGUCGUGACGGAGCGAAUCACAGACAAGCUUCCGUUAAGCACUAUUAGACGUGAAACAUUUAAGCUGCUUCCCGGCGUCGGGUUGGCUGAUCCGCGAUUUAACGUGUCAUCCGACAUCGACUUGUUAAUUGGCGUCGAUCUAUUUUGGCAGUUGAUGUGCAUGGGGCACAUCCGAGCGACAGUCGGUCAUCCGAAACUUCAAAAAACACGUCUGGGGUGGAUUGUGGCCGGACGCACAUGCGUGGGUGCGGCCGGGGACCGGGCUGCGCUCGUUUCACGUGGCAAUUGGCAAUGCAGAACUACAUAA